AUGAAAUACUUCUCAGUUUUUGCCGUGCCAACCUUGGCUGCACUCGUUAGUGCCCAAUCUGCUCCAGACUUCCCAGUCCAGGUCAACACCAAUCUGCGUGUCGAUUUUCUCAACAGUUCGACAAGCGUUAGCCCAGCCGGUAUCCUGCUGCCCAGAGAUGUGUAUGGCCCAGAGAAUGCCACGCAAGAAGCCACCUACAUGCUCUUCAUGGUUGACGAGGACGUCAACACAGGAAACGGUCCACGAGUUCAACUGCUCCACUACUUCCAGCCCAACCUUGUCGGCAUCAACCAUGUAUUAUCGAUCGAGGCACAUGCCCAGAAUGCCACGACGGCGGUUGGGGCGGAGUAUCUGACUCCCUCGCCGCCUGCAGGAGAUGGACCGCAUAGAUACACGCUGCUGCUCUAUCCUCAACCAGAAGGUUUCACCGUGCCGCAGGCGUAUAUCUCCUUCAGCCCACCUGCAGACACGAAUGCGAGAUAUCCUUUCAACAUGUCCGGGUUUGCUGAAGCUGCGGGGCUGGGACAACCCGUUGCGGCCAACUGGUUCCGCGUUGUGAAUGACACUACCAGCACGACCUCGUCUACUUCAAGCUCUGCCAGCACAGCUACUGGGACUGCUAUCACAACUUCGGUUCAAACGAGCACCGUCGCUUCGACUUCGGCUUCUCCUAGCGCAAGUGCAAGUGCAAGCGCUGCCGCCAAUUCCGCAGCUGCUCGAGAUGAAGUGCGCGGGAGUGCGAGAGAAUUGGUUGUGGGACUUGCUAUGGGCAUCGUCGGUGCAUGGUUGUGGAUGCUUUGA